AACAAGUAUAUAUAUGUGACUUUUAAUUAGAGUCUUGGAUUGAACUUAGCAUUUAUGGCGUACGUCGCUCCGAUCGGUUGGAUAGAAGUUAACGCAAUUCAAUCUUAGUUUUCAUCAGUAAAACUUUGACCCUCAUAUGUUGAAACGCCAAGUUUUUUUUUUUGGGUGAAAGUGUUAAGAGAACGCCAACACCAAGUUUUCAAUAGCUUGAUUCAUUGAACCAAGACGCAACACACAACAAGUCUAUCAAGAAAUGCAAUUGAAAUCCCACCUAAUUAUUAAAUAUUCUCUCUGUUUCAAAAAAAGUACAUUUUAAAAUUUUAAAAUAUAUUAAAAUAUAUUAAUUUUGACUAUCAAUGUAUUUUUUUGCAAUUAAAUAUUUCAUAUUAUUUUUAACCAACAUAAUUUCAGUUAAACACAAUUAUUGUUUUUAAAAUUCAAAAUUUACCAUUAGCUAAUAUAUUGAAAAUGUUAAAAUAUAUCUUCUUGAAAUGACUUUUUUUCUUCUAAAACAUGAUAUUUUUUCGAAACAGAGAGAAUGUUAAUUUGGUUCGGUUUCACCAGAUUCCGGUCAGUUGUUAAUACCAAAAUUUGUAAAUAUUAAUUCAUCUAUUUCCAAAAGUAAAAUUUUCUAGAGAUUAUUCUUGUUCUACAAAAAUAGAUUUUCUAAAGUAUUUUUGUAUACUUUUGAGAAACAUUAACUAUGAAUUUGAUUAAAAUUUUAUUAGUGUAUAGUUAUUAGAAAAUGUAUUGAAAAAUAAAUUGUAAAUUAAAUUGUAAACAUUUAUUAUAUUUUUAAAAAAUGUGAAAACUCCAAAAAAAUUUAGAACGGAGAGAGUAUAUUUUUAUCAGUUAAUUAAAAAUUUGACGAAAUUUUCUUCCAAGAAAAUAUUAAAAGUGCAUACAUGUAUACAUACAUUAGGCACGUGGGUACACUGUAUACGUAUGGUUGACUUUUGCACACCGGAGAUUAAGGGAUUAGGCACGUUGGUGCAAGAGAAGUCACUUAGUGGAUCUUGUCCUAAAAAGAGCUAGCAGUCAACAUUAGGCUUCAGCUUAAAGUAUCUCCAGCUCUUUACUUCUCCAAGCAGACACAAUAACACUCUUUUCCCCCGCAGCUCUCGGAUCUCAAAUAGCGUUUUUAACUUUAGAGGUUGCAAAAGCAAACUCAUGAACAUCUUCAACUUUUCUUGGAGAAACCAAAGAGGAAAGGUUUCCAUCAAAACAUCAAGGACGAACAUCUCUUCUUAUCUGGUUAAGAUUAGAGCCAAUCACUGAAAGAACUUAGUUUUCUUAUGGGGAGAUCUUGUUUGCCGAGAUGGAGAUUAGGAAGGUUAAUGGCAGGAUUACAACUGAUCCUAGGGUUAGUAGUGAUCACUGUGAGCCUCUCAUGUCUCUAUAGAUUCCAUUCCGCUGGCUACUUCUUGCACAAUGAAGACAUUUGCCGCACCAUCUACACAAUCAAACAAGUCAACAACAACGAAGGAUUCGACCUAAAGGCGCUGCACGAUCGCGUCGAUGAAGUCCUCGAAAAGAUGGAUAACUUGUACGACAAGCUAGAGAAGACGGUAAAGGAAAUGGAGAAGAGCAAAGAGGGAAGCAAAAAAGAGAUGAAGAAGUUUCUUGAGGAAGAAGUAAUGAAGCCGUUUUAUCACGCUCACAUAGGGUUAAGGCAAAUCCGCUUACCAAACCCUCAAGGAAUCAGAAACUCAACGGAGAAAGAAGAUCCCUUGAUCAACAAGUUUCUAAUAGAGGAGAUAAGGAAGUACAUAACCCCAAAGGAGAAUCAUGUUGGGAAGAUGAACAUGUUUGGAACUGAGAGAGUUUACAACACAAUAGGUCAUGCUUGUGUGUUGAUGAAGACGGAGCUAGAGAAGUACAUGGACUAUGACGUUGGAGCGUAUUGUGAUGAUGAUUGGAGCUUAGCACAGAAGCUUAUGGUUAACGGGUGUGACCCCUUGCCUAGGAGACGGUGCUUGACAAGAGCAUCAAUGACUUACCAGAAGCCUUAUCCCAUCAACGAGUCGUUAUGGAAGCUUCCUGAUGAUAGAAACGUGAGGUGGGGGAAUUACCAGUGCAGGAACUUUGCGUGCUUGUCAAGUAAAAACCCUAAAAGGGGUUACACAAAAUGCACUGGAUGUUUUGAGAUGGAGAAAGAGAGUACUAAAUGGGUCAAGAACAGCACUCUGUUAGCUGAUUUCAAGAUUGAUGAUGUUCUGCGAGUGAAGCCAGGUGAGAUUAGGAUUGGUUUGGAUGUUGGUGUUGGGACAGGAACAUUUGCAGCGAGAAUGAGAGAGAAGAAUGUGACUAUUGUCACUACUGCUCUCAACUUGGGAGCUCCUUUCAGUGAGAUGAUUGCGCUGCGAGGUUUGGUCCCUUUGUACAUCUCUUUGAACCAGAGGCUGCCGUUUUUCGACAACACUAUGGAUAUGAUUCAUACUGCUGGGUUAAUGGACGGUUGGAUCGAUCUUCUUCUGAUGGAUUUCGUGUUGUAUGAUUGGGAUAGAGUGCUGAGACCGGGUGGGUUGCUGUGGAUUGAUAGAUUCUUCUGUAAGAAGAAGGAUCUUGAUGACUAUAUGUACAUGUUUUUGCAGUUUAGGUACAAGAAACACAAGUGGGCUAUUUCGCCUAAGUCAAAGGAUGAGGUUUAUCUCUCUGCAUUGCUUGAGAAACCUCCUCGUGCAAUCUAACUACACAAGUUUAAGCUUAUAUGUUUGUAUCAGACAUUCUAAUUCAUUUGAUUGUCUAAUCUUUGUUUUAAUUUGAAAACAAUUAUAAUAUUCCCAGCUCUGUUUGAUUUUUACUAGUUGAGGAUUA